AAAAACUCACAAGUCCCAAAUUUGAAAACGCUGGAGGGAUGAAGGAAAUUCAAAUUCCCAGGAAAAACUUUGCGCGGUCAUCUGAUCCAGGAACGAAGAGAAUCAAGGAUUCUGAGCUGAAGAUUCGAAAGUGUGCGGAGAAGAGACAGAGCGCAACCUUUUCCGACUUAUCAGUGGAAAGCACGAAGGAUCCAAUGGAUUUUACUCCGAUCUCUCAGAUUUCUGGCGCGGUCUCUGAUUCCGAAGCCGAGAGUUUUGUGCUGGAAUCGAAGCUAGACCUGUUAUCAACGCCAGAUAUUUCUCUCUCGACUGACGAAUCUCCAGUUUCAACCAUUACUAAUAAGGAUUUUCACAUCGACGCUUCUUCUACCGAUCGGAUCCAGUCAAUUGCGGACUUGCCUGCUUCUGUGCAGUCCUUGCACGCGGAGAUCAAUGAGCUGAAGAAAUUGAUCUGUUCAGUCGAGGAUUCUGAUGAUAGUAACUGGAUCGAUGGAGUUGUCACUGGGAAAUUCCGCAUUGUGCUCUUGACUUUCAUUCUUUGGGCUAUCUUAGCUGCGAUGGUGGUCUUCGUCAGGUCAGGAGAGGAAGUUGCUUACUAUGGACCACUUCCAACUUGAAGGAGUCACAAAUCAUUGUCCAUUGAUUAUAUGAAUCGUAAGGAUAUGGCUCAAAAACUCAACUACUUCAGAAGCGAAGCAUGUAAAAGUUGGAAAAUAUACAUAUGGAAACAAUUCUACAGGUAUUUAGUAUUUUUACUCUGGAUAGUGUGUUUGGUUGAUAUUAAAGUACCGAAAUAUAUAUUACUCAUUGAUGUUGGCAAAUGGCAAUUUAGUAUCGUUUAGUGGUUACAAUAGACCUUUAAAAACAAUUAUUGAGAAUUAUCCGUUAUCCC